CGGCCCUCCUUCCCUCCACCUUUCUUUCUUCCCUGCUGGCCUCUCCCUCUUUUCUCUGUCUCCUCACUCUGUUGGCACCCUUGCUCUAACUGGCAGUUUUUCCCAGCUCCUUGUUCAAGCCAGUCCUUCCAUGCUGUCUUCAAGCCCUGCUUCCUGUACAUCUCCCAACCCAGACAAGGACAACCCAAGUAAGAAGGUCCAGUGGGCUUCUGGAAGGAGGAGGACAUCAUCCACAGACUCAGAGUCCAAGUCCCACCCUGACCCCUCCAGAGUGUCCAGGUCCCGGAGACCCAGCCGGCUCACAGUGAAGUACGACCGGGGGCAGCUCCAGCGCUGGCUGGAGACGGAGCAGUGGGUGGAUGCGAAAGUGCAGGAGCUCUUCCAGGAUCAACCAAGUCCUUCUGAGCCUGAGAUUGACCUGGAGGCUCUCAUGGAAUUAUCCACAGAGGAGCAGAAGACUCAGUUGGAGGCUAUUCUCCAAAACUGCCCUCGCCCCACAGAGCCUUUUAUCUCUGAGCUGCUCAGUCAACUCAAGAAACUCCGGAGACUCAGUCGGCCUCAGAAAUAAGCCUUGUGAGACCAACAUCAACAGCCUCAGCACUGCCAGGCCCGCCUUGAAUCUCUGGAUCCUGGGCUGAGAGAGAAAUAACUCCUUGGGUCACAGACAAAGAACAUGGAGGACAAGGAGGGACAUUUGGACACCCCUAGUGUAUGUGCAGUCACAGCUAGUUCCUGUCACUGGGCUUUCUGGGAGCCAGUCAUGGCUGUUUCCCAGUGCUUUCCUUGGCAACCAAGUGGAUAAAACCUUUAGGAGCCCCAGCUGAAUGGAGUGUGGAGCAUAUCUGUGCCGAGGGAUGGGGGAGGGGGAGGGCAAAGCGAUAUACCAGAGGGCACAUCCUGAGUCACUGGGCUGUGGCCACACACCCCAUCCAUCCAUCCAAACAGGACCCAAAAAUUCGAAGAGGAAGGUCACAAUUCUGCUAGAGACAUCACAAUCUAACAAGGCCCAGAGGCCAAGCUGCGGCACCUGGCUGCAACACAAAGCCUCCUGGCACCUCCAACAGGAGCCCAAGUAGCAGAGACUAGCCUUGAAUCCCAGAGGAAAGCUAACAGGAAAAACCUAGCUGGGUUGGGGGCAUCUGGGAAGGUUACACCUUCUUCCCCUUUAAAUGAUUCAGGAGGCCUUAGGUGGAGGACUCCUCCUUGAGCAGCUGUAGCCAGAGACAGGAAGAGAGAAAGCAGGGGCUAAGCAGAAGGGUAUAAAGGGUACAGGCUGAGAAGCUGAGAGUCAGGUCAGGAAGGAGUUGCCAGAAACACACACUGGGUCUGAAUGGCAGAUAGGUUGGGAUGGGGGCCCUGGGAAGAGGCAUCCUUGGUGAGUAAGGCAGGAAGCAGGGUGUGUAAUCAUUGUGCAUGCAGUGUCUGAGUACUACAGAGGCUCAGAAAUCCGAUGGUGAGGCCUAGGGGCUGAGCUGGGCUGCCCGGAACAGGAUGCAUAGUUUGGUUCAGCAAAUAUUCAUGCCUACUGUGUGAACAGUAGGAACAGUCCCACCUGCAGAAAC